CUCAAAACAUUAGCAAGCUGAAUCUUUAUAUUAACUUUAUUUGCUAAAAAUUGAGAAAAUGAAACUUUUAGCCUCUUUUCUGGUACUUUCCUGCCUUCUCUUGAUUACGACACAAGUCUCCCGUGCAGUGAUAUGCACAACCAAUUUGGGAUUGGAGUACCGUGUUGAACAAACCUCCAGAAGUCAGCUGACCUACUACAUUAACGCGUGCUGCCCGUGCCGGUCUCAGCCAAUCAGAUAUCAGCUUCCACUCUGUGGUCUGUUAGAUCUUGUCACCAAGAUCAACGUCAUCAUAACACAGGCGGAAAAUAAACUCAAUGCAUUUGCAUCUUCCAUAUUUGGAGGAGACGAAUCUUGCUCCCAAGUGAACCAUCAUGUAGCGGUCACGUUUGAGAAUGUGUCAGAUGCUCUUCUCAACUCCUAUCAACAACUGACAGGACUUGCCCUCAAAUUCCACAUCAUUCAACACCACAACAAUUCACGGAUUGGCGUCAUUUCCGGUAUAGCAGACGACAUAGGUGACGCGCUGUGUCAUCUUCAGUCCCUGCUGGGAGACACGGAGAUGUCGGAGUCAGUCUACAGACGGAGGCAGGAGAUCACAGAUAUGGACAUCAGUCAGAUGGUCCCCUACACGUGUCGGACCCUCAGUCAGAAUGUCGCCAGCCUCAGCAACAUGAAAGAAGAUUUGCGGACUACACUUUUGGCAAAGUUGAACGAUUUCGCAUAGUUUGUGUUAAAAUUGUGUUGGUGCUCACAUAUAAAGAAUAUUCGUGUUAAGAGAGGAACGAUUUCGGAUGGGUAAAAAUGUCGUAUUUGAAAAUGUAACAUGAUGUGUAACCAUAUUCCAAGUAAAUUAUUCAUAGGAAAUCACAAUUUGGGGAAAAACAAUACAUUUCACUUUCCUAUUUCACAAAAACCCCGAUCUUUCAAAAGAAUUAUAACAUCUCUUCUGAAAGAUCAAUGAAAAUUUCACUUUUAAGGUCAGACGAAACGUUCCUCAAAAAUAUAAUUUUUCCUAAGAAUUUGUCAUUGAAGUUUGGGUACUUGAACAAGUUUCCUCACAAAAAAUUAGGGUACCUUACCAGGCAUUUGGCCAAGAUACCAUGGGGUCAUAUUUCUUAUAUAACCCUUACGGGUAAUCUUCUAAAUGGCCUUUAACACAAUUUUUGGUGUACUUAUAUUUAAAAACAUUUUAAAAACAGUGUAGAGAUCAGAAGAGAAUGACAAAUAUGAGAAAAUUUUG